CUAAGCUUCAAAUUUGUUGUAUGUGGUUCUUUCAUAGUUCUUGAUUCUUCAUUACUUCUGCUGAAUUCAAUUUGUAGAUUGAUCACCUCGCAUCUCCAUUCUCUUGUUAUUGUCUCUGUUACAUCACCAUCACAUGUCACUUCGCCAGAGAAGACCGUCAACGACCGAGGCCAUCACCGACGCCGCAAAGAACCUUGAGAAGAGCAUAGAGAAUGCUUUAACAGUGCUAUGGGAUGACUUGCCCUCGUGGCAACAAGACAAUCAUUAUAUUCAUUCCGGCUACCGCCCAGCUUCAGCCUCAUUCAAGAAUUCUUUUGCAAGCCUCGGCUACAUUCACAAUGAAUCGGUCAACAUCUACUCUCAUCUGCUAGGUGCUGUCAUGUUUUCUGGAAUUGGGACUGUACUGUACGCUUCUAUCAAGCCAAGAUACCCAUCCGCAACCUCGGCAGAUAUCUUCGCAUUUGGCUGUUUCUUUGCCGGCGCAGCUGCAUGUUUGGGCAUGUCUGCAACCUAUCAUGCCAUAUCAAAUCACUCUCCAAUGGUUGCUAAGUUUGGCAAUAAGUUGGAUUACGUUGGCAUAGUCUUCCUCAUCACUGGUAGCUUCAUUCCAAGUAUCUACUAUGGAUUCUAUUGUCACCCUCAUUUGCAAGAAUUCUACUGGACCAUGAUAUGCUCUCUCGGAAUUGGAUGCGCUUCAGUAUCUGUUUUUGAACGCUUCCGAACUCCAGCCUGGCGACCGUAUAGAGCUGGCAUGUUUGUCUUGAUGGGUCUUUCAGCUGUUUUCCCUGUUGUUCAUGGUGUGGAGAUGUAUGGCAUUGAAGAUAUGAAAGAUCGAAUCGGACUUACAUGGCUGGUCUUACAAGGCUUUCUCUAUAUCCUUGGAGCUGGACUAUACGCAGCUCGUUGGCCUGAAAGAUCCUGGCCUGGUUCUUUUGAUAUCUGGGGGAGCUCUCACCAAAUAUUUCAUGUACUAGUUGUUAUGGCUGCAGGGUCGCAUCUGUAUGGACUACUCAAAGCAUUUGAUUUCCACCACAACAUCCUUGGGCUGGUCUGUUAGAAUAGAAAAAGGACAGUGUAUCUGUGUAGUUCAACCGGCGCAUACAUGGACUAUUCUAUGCAGCAGACAUAAGAUUAGAUGUACCGUAAUCCAUUUCUUCGUGCUUGAUCGUGAUGAGAUGGAUAUCUGCAGCCGAUCUCUUAUGGUCUCCUUCCUCU